AUGGCAGCUUUACAACAACGUUGGAAAAAUUUAACUGUAUCAUUAGCUGAUGCUAUAUUAACUAUUUCUAUGAAUAGACCUAAAGUUAAUGCAAUGUCUAUUGGAUUACUCAAUGAUCUUGAACAAGCUUUUGAUCAUGCUUCAAAAAACGAUCAGAUAAAAGGUGUUCAUCUACGUUCUAAUUUUAGUUCAACAUUUUCUGCUGGUCUUGAUCUUUCUGAUAUGCACGAACGAUGUGCUCAACGUAAUCGACCAGCAAUUGAUAAAUUUGUCUUUGAUACACUUACUCGUGGUAUAACAGCACCUCUUCAUUGUUCAAAACCAGUUGCUUGUUCACUUGAUGGUCAUGCUAUUGCUGGUGGUAUUAUACUUGCUCUUGCAUGUGAUUAUAUUGCUAUGGGUACACGAAAACCAUUCCGUAUUGGUGUUACAGAAUUAGCUGUUGGUGUACCAUUUCCUGUAGUACCACUUGAAAUUAUACGACAUCAACUUGAACCACAACUUGCUCAUCGAUUAAUAUUUGAUGCAAAUCUCAUAUUAUCAAAUGAUUUUUCAAUACGAUGUGAAAAAAGUGAAACACCAGAUGAUUUAUCGCGAAAAUGGUUAAAAAUGAUAUCUGAAAGACCAUUAAAAGGUUUUCAAAUAACGAAAAAAAAAUGGUGGUCAGAUAUGAUUAAUUUCAUUUCUAUUGAUGAUGAACAAGAAAAAAAAGAAUAUUUUGAUACGCUAACUGGUGAAGAUUGUUUACAAGCUAUGCAACAGACACUAAAAAAAUAG